AUGGAAGCGUCGAGAAUAUUUGCUGGAAUCGAAGGUGGCGCAACACAAUCCCGACUUCUUUUUAUUGAUGAAACUGGCAAGCGAUAUGGUGAGUGGAGUCAAUCUGGUCUGAAUUGCUGCCUUGAUGGAUUCGAUGUGAUUGCAGACAGAAUAGCAAAGUGGAUUCAAAUGGCUAAAAAAGAAGUUGGGAUCGUUGGUCCUCUUGCAGCUGUGGGGAUGGGUCUUUCGGGGGCUGAAGAUGAAGAAAACAAUCAAAGACUGAUUGGAUUUUUGAAAGAUCAACAUGGCGACAUUGCUGUCGAGUUUUCGCUGUCUUCCGAUGCUGUCGUUGCAGUUGCUGCUUCGUUCCAAAACGGUGGUACGGUAAUGGUUGCUGGAACGGGUUCAGCCUGUCGAUUACUAAAGGCAGACGGCAACGUGUAUGGUGUUGGCGGUUGGGGACAUGAAAUCGGUGAUGGUGGUAGCGCAUUUUGGAUUGCAAGGAGGUUAAUCCGAUACAUAUUUGACGAGGAAGAUGGACUUUAUCCGUCACCAUAUCCGAUUUCAAAAACGAAACGAUUGUUCCUUGAGUUUUUUGGUCUAUGUAAUAAGGCGGGUAUUUUGGAGGUUUUAUAUACUAAUUUCGAUAAAUCCAGGAUUGCAUCUUUUGCGGCUCACGUGGCUAAAGAAGCAAGUGAUGACCCUCUUAUUCGACAAGUUUUCCGCGAUGCUGGUGAGCAACUGGGCUUACAUGUGCGAGCUAUUUCAAGAAAUUUUGAUGAGGAAAUGUUCGACGAUGCUCCGCUUUUACUGAUUGGUUCUGUAUGGCAAAGUUGGGAACUGUUAAAGGAUGGUUUUAUACAUGGGCUCAAGAGUAAUGGCAGUCAAAUUGGACGGGUAACACUCUACAAUCUUUUAGAAACACCUGCUUUAGGAGCAGCUCUACUGGCAGCUAAAAAACUUGGCAAAAAAAUAACGUGCGAACAAAGAACUGCUGUAUUCGAGGAAAUGUCGGAUGAAAACGAUAUUUUACCUGGACAAAAAUGGAUUAUGUGUAAUAUAUGUUGCCGUUCAGCAUCGAUCUCAUCUUCACGUGUUAAAUUUUAUUUAACAAAAUGUGGUCACAUAUUUUGUAGCAAAUGUUUAAUCAGUAUUGGAUCUUCACGGGAUGGGGCUCGUGUAUGUCUGUACUGCAAGGAGAAAAUUACAAUUUGUAAGAUUAGCCGUGAUAUGCCUGAAGCGGUUCAAACAUAUUUCCGAUGUCCCAGAGAAUUAUUGACUGAAUCAAUGGUUGAAAUUAUGCAAGUAAUCAAAUUUCAAACAAUGCAUGCUGCAUAUUUGGUGAAACGCUUUAAUAUAAUGCAAAAUAAUUAUGAAAAACUUCGUCGAUUCUGUUGCGAAAUUCUGCAUAAGAAAACAGUUUUGGAAAGGCAGUUGAUGGGUAAAGUUAAGCUCCCACAGCACAACAAUAUAUCAGUUAACGACAUGAGCACUCCCAUAUUGCGAUCAACUACUUCAGCCAAAAAUUUGCAUUCAAUGCGAAAUGUCGGAACGUCAAAAACAUCAGUCACUUCUGAAAGCAUAUCGAAAUCGGGUACGGAGUCAUCAGUUAUUGAAAAUUCAACCUGUUCGCUCAAUGAAUCGGUGGUUGUUGAUAUGGCGGAAAUAUCUGUAAAGAAUUCAGUGGUUCCUCGAACCUCCCAUGCAAACCAAUCAACUUGGUGAGUGGUAAAUGAUUUUCUCAAAGCAGGUGGCAGUCGAAUUAUGGCCUGCUUUCUGCAGCUUACACAUUUAUGAAAUACUUCACCGGCCCUUUUUUUAUCAACAAUUGUUAUCGAUCAGCCAUUAAUUAGCAUAAACUAUGAUGGGAAAAAAUACGCAAUGGACGAUGAUAUCAAUUACCUUAAGAAUUACGGGUAAAACUAAUUACAAAGAUAUGUUG